ACAAUUCCAUUAACCCCUUUUAAUAAUUCUCCUCUACCUCGCUCUCUUUCUUGUUAACAUAAGCCCCCAAGAAGACAUAAGAGUGUUUUCUUGAUUCUUUAUUUGGGUUUGUGAUGAAGAAAUUUAGCUUCAAUAGCUUUGGAACUGGUGAGAGCUUGAGAAGAUUUUAAAAAUCAAGGGUUUUUGUCUUCUUUUGCUCACUUGCUCAUUCUUUAAUAUCAAGAAAACGUUUUGGGUUUUAAUGGGAGGUGUGUUCGUGUUGAGGAAACCCAGAAACGGCAAUAAAUGCCGUUGUUUCGAUCGAUGCAAUACAAUGAGACAAACGGAAACAGAGUUAAUCUCUCCCCGAGAAACCAAACUCUCAGGCCACUCGAGGAGCUUAAUAAGCUCAAAGCCAUUAAUCAACAUCUCAGGAAGAUCAAUAAACCUUCAAUCAAGACAAUUCAUAGUCCUGAUGGUGACAUCAUAGACUGUGUUUUAUUACAUCACCAACCAGCAUUUGAUCAUCCCAGAUUAAGAGGACAGAAGCCACUGGAUCCUCCUGAGAGGCCAGGAGGGCAUAACAGGAGAGGAUUGAGACCAAAGAGUUUCCAGUUAUGGGGAAUGGAGGGAGAGACAUGUUCUGAAGGAACAGUCCCUAUCAGAAGAACAAAAGAAGAAGACAUUCUCAGAGCAAACUCUGUUUCUAGCUUUGGCAAGAAACUCAGACAUUACAGAAGAGACACUAGCAGUAAUGGCCAUGAACACGCGGUGGGAUACGUGAGCGGAGAGAAAUACUAUGGUGCUAAAGCAAGCAUCAAUGUUUGGGCUCCACAAGUGCAGAACCAAUACGAAUUUAGUUUAUCUCAGAUUUGGAUUAUCUCUGGUUCCUUUGGUAAUGAUCUCAACACCAUUGAAGCUGGCUGGCAGGUGAGUCCAGAGCUCUAUGGAGAUAAUUACCCAAGAUUCUUUACUUACUGGACUAACGAUGCAUAUCAAGCAACCGGUUGCUACAAUCUCUUGUGUUCCGGUUUUGUCCAAACCAAUAGUGAGAUUGCGAUUGGAGCUGCAAUCUCUCCAUCGUCUUCCUACAAGGGUGGACAAUUCGAUAUUACUCUGCUUAUUUGGAAGGAGCACGCAAGCAUGGUCCAAUACGGUGGCGAAAUUGUAAAUUCAAGUCCUUUUGGAGCCCACACUUCGACACAAAUGGGAAGUGGACAUUUUGCAGAGGAAGGGUUUACAAAAUCUUCUUAUUUCAGAAACAUCCAAGUAGUUGAUUGGGAUAACAAUUUGGUCCCUUCACCUAAUCUUCGAGUACUUGCGGAUCAUCCGAAUUGUUACGAUAUUCAAGGUGGGUCUAAUCGGGCUUGGGGGAGUUAUUUUUAUUAUGGUGGACCAGGGAAGAAUCCUAAAUGCCCUUAAAGAAAAUUCUAAUUAGGGUUUAGGUAUCCAUAUUUUUCGUGAAAAAUUCUUUAGGUUAUAUCUGCUUAUAAGGGCUACUUUCAUCAUUUAUUAGUUUUUAAAAAAUCUUGUUCAUUUUU